GUUCAAACAGUCCAGUGGUAGAAGGCCCACACUAUUUAAAGGGCGGAAACAUGGCUCGAGGUUUAGUCAAACGAGAAUCCGUCGAGUCGGAGAUGCAUAAGUCAGAAGACCAAAGUAAGACUUUUGUUUACACGAAGAAGAGGGGGUAUGAUGUCACACGCAACCCCCACCUCAACAAGGGCAUGGCCUUCUCUCUGGAGGAGCGUCUGCAGCUGGGCAUCCACGGCCUGCUGCCCCCCUGCUUCCUGAGCCAGGACGUCCAGCUGCUGCGGGUGCUGCGCAACUACGAGCUGAAGAGGGACGACCUGGACAGGUAUGUGUUUCUGAUGGGGCUCCAGGACCGCAAUGAGAAGCUCUUCUACAGGGUGCUGACCUCAGACAUCGAGCGCUUCAUGCCCAUCGUCUACACCCCCACCGUGGGCCUGGCCUGCCAGAUGUACGGCCUGACCUUCAGGAGACCCAGGGGGCUGUUCAUCACCAUCCACGACCGCACCCACAUCUCUACCCUGCUGCAGAGCUGGCCGGAGAAGGACAUCCGGGCGGUGGUGGUGACGGACGGCGAGCGGAUCCUGGGGCUGGGCGACCUGGGCUGCUACGGGAUGGGCAUCCCCGUGGGCAAGCUGGCGCUGUACACGGCCUGUGGUGGCAUGCCCCCGCAGCACUGCCUGCCCGUCAUGCUGGACGUGGGAACCGACAAUGAGGAGCUGCUGAAGGACCCCCUGUACAUUGGGCUGAGGCACAAGCGUAUCCGAGGGCAGGCCUACGAUGAGCUGCUGGAGGAGUUCAUGAAGGCCGUGACGGACAGGUUUGGCAUGGACUGCCUGAUCCAGUUUGAGGACUUUGCCAAUAUCAACGCCUUCCGCCUGCUGAGCAAAUACCGCAACCGGUACUGCACUUUCAACGAUGACAUCCAAGGCACAGCCGCAGUGGCAGUGGCUGGCCUUCUUGCUGCCCUCCGCAUCACUAAGAGCAAAAUGACAGACCAUACCAUUGUCUUCCAGGGAGCGGGGGAGGCUGCCAUGGGCAUAGCUGACCUGAUCGCCAUGGCAAUGGUGAAGGAAGGACUCCCAGAGGACGAGUGCCUGAGAAAGAUCUGGAUGGUCGACUCCAAGGGCCUCAUCGUCAAGGGGCGAGACCACCUGACCCAUGAGAAGGAGCGGUUUGCCCAUGAGCAUCCUCAGAUGAAGCACCUGGAGGAUGUGGUGAAGGAGCUCAAGCCCACAGCCAUUAUAGGUGUGGCGGCCAUUGCUGGUGCUUUCACGGAGCAGAUCAUCAGGGACAUGGCGUCUUUCAACGAGCGACCAAUCAUAUUCGCUCUCAGCAACCCCACCAGCAAAGCAGAGUGCACUGCUGAGCAGUGUUACACCAUCACAGAGGGUCGAGGCAUCUUUGCCAGCGGAAGUCCGUUUGACCCCGUGACCCUUCCCGAUGGCCGCAAGUUCUACCCCGGCCAGGGCAACAACUCCUACGUGUUUCCUGGAGUGGCUUUGGGAGUGUGUGCCUGUGCCGUCCGAAACAUCACCGAAGACAUCUUCCUCACCACUGCCGAGACCAUCGCCGACCUGGUGACGGAAAACGACCUGGCCGAGGGAAGACUGUAUCCUCCCCUCACCACCAUCCAGGACGUGUCCUUCAAGAUUGCCGUCAAGAUAGUGGAGUAUGCGUACGAGCACAAGAUGGCCAUGCUGCGCCCUGAGCCAGAAGAUAAGGCGGCCCUCGUGCGCUCGCUCAUCUACAGCACCGAGUACGACGAGUUCGCCGUCGACGCGUUCCGCUGGCCAGAGGACGCCAUGACCAUCCAGAGCUGCAAGUUGUGACGGACACGGUCACCACGGUCAGACGAUUGGACAAGGAGAGGAGGAGGAGGAGGAGGAAGGGGAAGAGAAGGAGGAAAAGGAAUUAGCUUUAUGGAUCGUAGCACUGUUUUUACAUGUUCUUAAUGCUUUGUAUGUUGUUGUGUGUUGCCCCCCUGUCUACCCCAAAGGAAUCUAAAACAUUUAAUGAGGAAAUUAACUCAAUAAAGGUGUUUUUAUUACCA